CCUCAGCAGCAGCGUGCAAAUAAACGCACACACAUACACACACGCACAUGCACACACAUGCACACACACACGCGCACACACACACACACAUCUCUGCAUCCUGUAUUUUUUUAUGCAUCGGGAACCGGGCGCUUUAUAAGCGGUCGUGGAUUAUGAUGCCAGUUUUUAUAACAGCGGAAUAUUGGCUUCUUCUUCGACUCCAACUGUGAACAGCAGUAAAUCCCGUGCACGCGCGAGUGUGUGUGGUUUUUUUUUAAAAAAUUAUUUUAAUUUUUCAGAAUUAUUUGUAAUUUGGUUUCCACGUUACUUCUGAACGCCGAGAAACCGCCGAGCGAGACGCAAAGCCUACGUUCAAUGCAGUUGGAACAUGUCCUAUGUUCCCUUUCAAGAUGCAAGGUGUGCCGUCCCCCCCUCCUAUCAUUAUCACCAUCAUCGCUCCCACGCCCACUCCUUCCACGCUCCCUCCUACGACUGUCCCGCUCACGAACGUCCCACCUACAACCGUCCCUCCUACAGCCGUCCUUCCCACGACCGCCCUUCCUUCGACCGCCCUUCCUUCGACCGCCCGUCUUUUGACCGCCCGUCCUUCGACCACCCGUCCUUCGACCGCCCGUCCUUCGAUCGUCCUUCCUUUGAUCGUCCUUCCUUCGAUCGCCCAUCCUACAGCCGUCCCUCACACGAACGCCCCAUCUACGACCGCCCGUCACACGAUCGUCCACCCCAGGACCGUUGGAACCCCCGUCUUCGCGUGAGCUCCGGAAAUCAGCUCUACAUGUUGGACCAGGAAGAGGUACACCCUUUGCUGAUGCGCGAGAGGCGCUCAGAGUCUCACAGGAACAAGCUGCUGCGGCGGACAGUCAGCGUUCCUGUUGAGGGAAGGCACCAUCCCGAGAUGGAUCAUCGCGCCCGGCGGAAGAGCAUAGCCACCGGGAAGCAGCCCAGCAUGGAGGUCCCUCCCACUGCCCCCCUUCAACCCUUCCGACAAUCCGUGAGUAACCCCCACUGUUCCCGGCCUCGCUCGCUGCCUCCAUCCCUCUCGCUGUCCCUCCUCCCUCCUCCCGCCCUGGGUCCACCGCACACCUGUGGCCGUCGGGCCAGCGGCACCCCACCUCACCCUUACCCUCUCUCCCUGGCCGUCUCCCCCUCCCUCGCCUUUUGCCAGCAGCAGCCGCAGCAGCAAAAGGGCUUCAAGAAAGGUUCCGGCACGCCCCCCUUGCCCCGCUCGCUGCCCCUCUCCCCCUCCCUGUCCUUCACCCUGCCUCACUCGCCUGCCGCCUCCUCCUCCUCCCCCCCCUUCUUGUACUGGGGCGGAGACUGGAGGGCUGCCGGUUCGAGUCCAGUGGCGGGAGGAGCAUAUAUUGCACCACUGCCCCCUGUUGAGGUAUGUGACACAAACAUGGCUGAAGCAGAGACACUGGCUAUUUUUGCAUGCUACACCGACACUCAUACAGGCGGCUUUUGGCCCGACAGCUAGGAAUGUGCAUGAAAGAAACAUGUUCACACAGUUAGGCUGCUGUUAUUGUUAGUAGGCGCAAGCUUUACACCAGUUUGUUUAAAAGCUUUUAACUCCCAAGUAUUUUGAAAUUGAAGGUAUAUAUUUUGUCUAAUGUUAUAUUUUUAUUCACAUCAUUCCAGACGGGCAUUAUUCUCCAUUCUUAUUGCAAAAAUAUGAAAAUCAAUUGUCUGACUAAUGCGUUAAUGGACCUAUUCAUCAGCAUUAAUGUUUGUCAAAGUUACUUCAUCGUUGUGCAGUAAUAGAGAUUAGCCUAAGUACAGAUCGGAUUUUAAAAGACAUGCACAGCAAUUUGUUAAUUUGUUUGUUUGCAUGAGCAUUAUUAAGAAUAUAAAAUAAUUGAAUUUCAUGAAUAUUUUACAGGGCAUGAGACAAGCCAAGACUCCCCAGCAGGAAAAAAAACUGCUGGAUGAUAAAUGGAUGAAAAUAUACAAAAAAAAGAAGGCAAUACAAAAAAAAAUAAGAAAAAGGAAUCAUGUUUCUAAUAAUCAUUCUAAAUGAGUUAUUUCAUUUUUAGUAUUACAUUUAUGUUUAAUCUGUUUGCGCUUCUGUUAUUUUAUGUGGGCUUUUAAGUUCUUUAUUUAUCUUUAGAAAAACUGAGAAGAAUGCAUUUAAAUUCCAGAUUGCAUUUGACCUACAAAGUUAGUUCACAAAACUAAAACUGUUAUUAACUAGUAAACCUUAAAUGAAUAAAUCCAGAAACUGCAGCAGGCAAAGGCCAAGGAGAUCAAGGAGAAGAGAAUGCUUUUUAAAUACUUUUAAAAACUAGAUUGCAAUUAAAUACACUACUCAGUCUAAAUGUCAUCUGUACCAAGGGUCUGAGACUAUAUCCACUAAUAAGAAGAAAAUGCUGUGGUUUUUAAAAGAGCUGAAAGUUUGCAAAUGUGAUAUAAAGUAAAUGUGACUCGUAGUAAAUAGGCUAAAACGCACCAGAUGCCUGCUAUGAUUCAUUAAAGUCAAAUGAAGAUGAGCAGCAUAAAAAUGUUGUGUCACUAUUAUUUCUGGGAUCAUCGUGACUCUUUUUAAACCAGACACGAUGUCUGUCAGAGAAGAAGCGGGCAGCUGACACACGAAACAUUUUGUGUCUGCGGGCACAAAUAAUCUGUUUUUGUUUCAUUAAUGGCAACAGAAACUCAAUCACAAGGUAUCAAAUGUUAACGCAAAGGGGCUUAGAGGAUUGACUGGUGUCUUAUUAAGUUUGUGCCAGCAGUCUAUGUUACCCAUCUCCUUUUCCAUCAUUUCUGCUGGUGUUUGCACACCGUUACUGUAGCUGGGAACGGCAGGAUGUGUUUUCAUCCCAUCACAGGAAACUAUUUGCUGCCCAUUCACUGCUGCAGUAUGAAAAAUAGCCGCCACUGACUUGGAAAUUGCAGAAGCAAGAUAGUCCAUUACAGGAAAUGUAAAGGCUCAGUUGGGCUUGAUCAGAGUUUUUUUCUAUUUCAUCAUUUUUUCAUAGUGGCUGAGAUGAGUGUUUGUUGUAUCAAUAUUUCAGCCUGUGUGAUGUGAUAAGCAGUCCUGAGGGACAGGAUAAGUGCCAUAGUGUAAACAUAAGAUUCAAACAAAACUUUUCAGCAGUGACAAAAAAGGUCAUUCUGAUUUUUAACUCGCACUUUGUUUAAUGCAAGUCACUUGAAACCUGGAGGAAAAAAAUUCAUUAUUGCAAUUAAAUCUAGCAGAACUGUUACUGCAUCCCCCGAUUUAAAAAUAGGCGCAAAUGCUUAUCAGUACAAAUUUUGCUCAUCAGAACUGCAGCCAAGUAUGUGACAGUCUUUCAUGUAAGCUCUGGUGGUACUGCUUUACAGGAGGCUUUUGAUCCCCGACGUCAGUCUUGAAGGCCAGACCAUUCUCUCUCCUGAACCAUCAAAUCCUGAACCCUUUUAGUGUCACAUUUAAACACACUGGUUAAGCAUACUUAACUCAAACCACAUUUUCUUCCUAAACACUAAUAACCAGCGUCUGAAAGUGAAAGUAAAAAGCAAGUAAAUCGAGUUGCAAAUGGGACACGAGCCACAACCCUCUUCUGGUGUUCCACAACCUCUCCAGCUUUUCGGCUUCCUCUCCAAACUUUGUUCCUCUUUAGAAGAGGAACGUUACCUCUCAGCAUCUACAAUUACCCUGACCAACAUGUCAAGGCACAGAAGCCAAGGGACACCUUGUGUGCAUCUGUGAAGCCAGCAGCAUGUGACAGAAUGGCAGUAUAAGAAUGCUUUCCCACGGCAACGUCUUACCUAAGGCGAAACAUACUUAGCCUGGGGACAAGUGCCUGCUUAACAGAUGAUUCCAGUUUAGUUCAGUCUGUCUUGUUCUCUCUAAAUGCUGCUGUGUUCCAUGACUCCAUGGGUCAUGCUGACUUUGAACUUGCCACAUCUGUUGUAGAGAUGCAGAAAAAUGUGGACUUAUUACAUUUAUUGUUGUACAGGAAACUAACAAAACCGAUAAAUUGGGUAAUUUAAUAUAAUUUAGCAUCAAUCAUCCCCAAGCUGUAACAAGUGUAAAACAGCAUUAACGCUAAAGUAAGCAUCAGAAUAAAUCUCCUACUAAGAGAUCAGUCGCCAUUUUGAGCAUAUUUUUCAACCCAGACAGAAUUUCAUUUCAUGUUUGACAAUUAGUGUUUUAAAAAAUUAAUAACUAAUUACACACAGCUAUUAAACAUGCGCAGCAGCAAAUGAGCCGGAACACUAAAUGACACCAGUAACCUGGAAUGAACCCAAAGCUGAGCCAGUAACAAAGUGCAGAACAGCAAACACGGCCACAGAAGCUAAAGCAGGUGCCUCCUCUUUCGCCCUGUUAGCUCUCUUUAUUGUGGUUUCGGGAUUUUCUCUCACUCUUUGAAUUGAAGACUUUCUACUUUUUGAGACUUAAAGUGUCAGACGGAGCGGCUAAUCAAAUCAGAUUUAGUCAUGCAGACUAUUAGGUUGGAACCAGCAGAUGGAGCCAAGUCUUUAGUCACAUCCUCAAGACAGGCUUCAAAGCCAUAUGACUCAUGCCACAUGACAAGGUGUCAUUUCCCUCCAGUCAUUCUCCCACUGAGUAAUGUCGUUAUGCUGUAGGUAUAUAAAUGAUAGCACUUCAGGAUGCACCUAAAAGCUGAAUGGGCAAAGCGUCUUCAGGGGACAGUGGAAGAAAAAGCAUGUAAUGAUAUUUCAUGCAUAUUUGGGGACAUUUAAAUUUACUAUUAAAGGAAUGAGUGUAACGUUAACAUCUGAGGUCUACAAACACAGGGUGUGAAAUCAGGAAGUCUACAAAUGUUUUAAAAAGUGAUAUAAUCGUCCAAGGUGACUUCAUUCACUAGCUUGUUUUUGCAUUACCAACAGUCUCAGACCUAAAACAGUUUAUUUACAAUAUAUGGUUUAAAAACAGAGAAGACAUAUAUUUCAUUUUCAAAAGGUUUCAAACAGAUUACAAAUUCUAAAAUGAUUUUGCUAUUAGUUCUAUAAUGUCUUCAUUUUCUUUGAGCUUAAGUAAAGUCACAGGUUUUUUUUAGUUUUAUGACCGUCACAUUGACAGGAAACUCCACACUCACACUCCUUGUAGACGAGAUUCUGAUCCUGGGUUUAAUAUGCAGUUUGUUGAUACAAAAUCUGGUGAGUGGUGUUAUGCUGAUGUACAUUAUUCUCCAAAAAUGCAGUACAUGAAGGAAAAAUGGCAGCGCUUCCAGCCAGAAAGACAAAAAAUAAUUGUAAAUGAAAUGUAAAAUAUAGACCAAACACUUAUCAAUGAACAAUUCUUCGUUCCAGUUCUCUGAUAUUUGAUUGAAUCGUGCCAGGAAGCUCAUUUAGGACAAACUGUGAGACUCUCUGCUGUUCUUAUGGACUUAAUGGUUCACCACUGCCCACCACAGGAUCUGUUACAACAUUGCAGUUUUCUGUAGCAAUUUGAUUCCUCGUUGAUAAUAAAUGUACCUUGUGCUCUCCCCAUCAUGCAUCGUGUCUUUCAUUUGUGUUUGUCUCUCGAUUUGAUUUUGCCGUCACACAAAUACAUCUGUUAUAAACCA